UAUAAUGGUGUUAUCAUUUCCAAUGUCUCCGAUGGUUGCAAUGAUUGCGAAAUCUGUGCAUUUUUAAAUCAACAUUUUUUUAGGCGUUUUCGAGUUACCAAUUCAUCCAACCUCAAUUCAUUUUGUGCAACUUUGCAAGAUUGUUUUUGUGACUGAUUGAAGUGCUGUGCGCUGAAUAGAGUUAUUUUUCAUGAUGGAAGGUUCUUCCCAUUUCGCUGAGAAACAUCCGCGAUCGAAUCCUUUUUUUAUUUUUUACACACCCUCUUCAGGAUCCGAUGUUUCAUGCACAUUCUCCGACGUCAUUGAUCGAGACUUGGGCAUUAUUGCUUCAAGCGUGCAUGUUUCCCAUGUAGUAGACCUCGAAUGGCUAUUAUCAAUAUAUGCGGAGUGUGGCCAAUCCACAACGAUGCAUGUAGUUGGGAGUUGUGUUUCACAAUUGGAUAACAAUGUCCAUAACAAAGAAGUGAAAGUCACUCGCAUGCUCUCGAAUCAUGUAUUUUCGACGGUUCAUCAUGCGAAAUUUUCUAUACUGGAAUAUAUAGAUGGAUCGAUGCGGCUAAUCAUAACGUCUGCAAAUCUUUCUGACAACGAUUGGACGCAACACGUUAACGGGGUAUGGAUUUCUCCGAGGCUGAAGCUUUUACCAGAGGACGCCGGGUAUACAGAUGGCGAAUGCCCGACUUUUUUCAAAUCAGAUUUUAUUCGUUUUUUGAGAGCGUAUUCCGAAAUGGCACCAGAGUUGGUGGACCAGAUAAUUCCUCGCUUGAAACGAAUGGACUUUAGCGCUAUUAAUUGCUUUUUUAUCGGUUCUGUGCCUGGAGUUCACUCCUGUGACAACGAUGAAGACGUUUAUUGGGGUCAUGAAAGAGUGGGGCGAAUUUUGGAAGACCAUGCUUGUUUGCCAAAUUACGACGUGGGACGAUGUUGCAUCGUAAUGCAGUCAUCUUCAAUUGGAAGCGUUGGGGACAAUGCUGAUAAUAAUUGGUUGACGGGCGAGUUUACUCGAGCAUUAUCAGCAGUUUUUGUCGCAGAGAACACCAACGAUGCCAUUGACACAAUCAAGACCCCGAUAUUCCUCAUUUACCCAAGCGUUCGGGACUUGAGCAAUGGCAGUUCUUUGAAUAAUUGCCUCUGUUACAGCUCGGAAACACAUGCAAGGCAACAUUGGAUUUCAAAGUAUUUGUGUCGUUGGAGAAAUAAUGCCGCCGGUGGUGCCGAAAUCGCUCCUCACGUCAAAUGUUUUUUAAGAACAGACCCCACCUUCACAAUUGCGUCUUGGUUUCUUUUGACAAGUGGGAACAUUAGCCAAGCAGCGUGGGGUAAAUUAAACAGCAGAGGCGGACUUUAUGUGAAAAAUUUUGAAGCAGGGGUUUUGCUUCUCCCCUCAUUUGUGACUGGUAACACGGCAUUUCCGUUGGCAACAUUGAAUGGUUCGAUAGAGACUUUCAACAAAGACGUGGCAUCCCUCAUCGUACCCUUUGAUUUGCCACCAGUGAGAUACUCACCCGGAACGGACGAGCCCUGCUUCAAACAAUCUACAGAUUUAAAUCUUAGGCAAAGAAAUCGUUCGCCUUGCAAGGACAAACAUCUUCGGUUCACCAUUUCCAAAGGAGACGAACACAGAGCGGAAGAAAUUUUUCCAAACUUGAGUUCGGUAGCCGACAAGGUGGUGCAAAAACAAAGCGCUAGAAGGGCGCAAAACGGACCAACUUAUUGUGACGUUCAGUCCCUUUCAGACAUACAAGUUUCGCAUGACGUCGAUUCGUAUACUGUUUUAUUAAAAAACGCAGCGGCUCUGAAGAUUUUGCACUACUUAAUGAUUGAUGUCCGAUCGUAUGGAGCAAGACCCAGCAAAUGAAAAUGGUCAAGGGGAUUUUCGGAGAAACUGGUUGUAAAUGGUUCGAGUUCAAAAUCGGAUAUGUUUACGGCUCACAUAUUCAUUGCAUUUUCCGAUACACACCCUAUAUCAAUCUUAGACACGUUCGAGCAAUUUUUGUAAAAAUUGUUCAAAAAGCUAUAGGAGAAGUUCUUCUUGCAAGCGACAAAACGGUAAUGAACGGCUCUACCGACGCGGACUUUGGAAACGAUGGCAGGAUCCGUAUUCACCAGGACGAUUGGCCAGCAGUGGCCGAAGUGAUUGACCGGAUCGUGAAUUCGAGAGAGGGCUACAAAAUCCACAGAAUGCGCGAAGUUCUAUAUUACGUAGCGCGUCACGGCUUCGUCGAAGCCGAUUAUAGGAAAAUUGAGCGCAUUCUGGCUGAUACUGUAGCUGUUGGAAAGGAAGAGUCCAUCGUCGGCGUGCAGGUUCAUUGCGCAAGUGUAGUUUCUUCUACAGACGGAGGCGCAAUUUUAACAAGGAUGUCGGGCAUAAAAAAUUUUUUGAAUAAGCCAAACCUGGCUACGACUAGUCCGGCUUUUCUUAAAUUAGUGGGCCAUGCUUACGGCAACACAACAACUUGCAAAGGAAUACUUCCGAAUUCAACAUAUAUGCAAACGUACGAGCCAUCAGCUCAUAGGUUCAAAGCCAGUGCUAACGUUUGUGUGGCUACUUUUCUACAGGGUCGAGGAAUGAAUAAAUUCACGAGUCAAAUGAAAAGAUUUGACAAAAUAAGGCAAGCGACAUCUCGGAAAUUAAAUGCAAUGACGCAGACGAUACGUUCAUACCACGAAGUUGGAUACCGUUGUCGUAUCGAAACUGUGGAAACUUUCGAUAAUUUGCAACAGUUAAUUGAGGCAUACCACGAUGAGGACGCUUUUAAGGUUCGGAGGGAGGCCAUCCUUGAAAGAAUGAUUGAUUCCGGCAUUUUAACGAAAAUCUCGGGCUUGGACUGGCGAAGGCAUUUAGUUGAUUGUGGCAUCCUCAACGAUUGUGAAAUUGUCGAUUCGGCGCUGCGUUUGUUCAAUAAUUAUGACGAAACAAUCCAGCUGCCAAGAAUGUUGUGGCCGGAAGUACCAUCCACGUCCUUCCAAAAAUUAUCAAUCGAAUCUAUGCGUCAAGAAGACGAGCUUGUUCGAAACGAUCUGAGAAGUUCGAUUGAAAAGUCUGCAUCAAACAUUCCUUGGAGGCAUUGGCUGCGAAAAUCAUGCGACCAAAAACCGACUUUCGAAGAGAACGAAAACCAUGAUGAGGAAGAAGACAAUAACGAAAAUGGCAUAAGCGAGAGUAGCGAAAGUGACGAUGACGAAAAAGCGGCUGAGCUGGAAGCAGACCAGACGUUUUUCAGUCACCAAAAAAACACGCCCGAAAAAGGUGUUGCCCGAGUUCCUCUUGCCAACAAGAUUACCGAUGAACGUUGGAAUCGGUCCAUCACUUAUGUGUCAAAAAGAUAUUGUGAAAGCGUACGUCGCUGCCAACCGCAUGGCAUUCUUUCUGGAGGGGACUUACCUGAAAGGAAAAAAAUUUGACACUGACUUGGUUCGAUCAAUGAGAGAACCUGCUAGAAGGAACAAGAGGAAGGUAGAACAUGUUCAGGCAAUAAAAGAAACGGAAUUGUUUCUACGGGAAUACGAGGACCAAAACAAGCAACUCCCAAAACUGUCACCAAUGGUGAUGCACCUUUUCGAGCGCCAAAUCGGGAUUGUCGGUAAUGCCAUACGAAUAGCGGAAAAAAGGGUGGAAAAAUUCCUCAGUUCUGAUCCAAUCACUCCAAAUGAGGACUCCCUGGUAAUCAUUUAUUGGGCAACGGCUCUUGCCCAUAUAGGACGCGAUUGGUGUUCGCAAUUCGGAAAUCGUCCAUUACCCGACAAUUUCAUCUCAUUACAGCGGUUGGACAUCGGAAAAACCCGUCUUAGCAAAUCGGGUUUUAUAACUCCAAGCGACGUUGCCGACAUUAUUUUGACGCCUCCGUCAGCAAUGGGAUCGUGGGUAUUGUCAGCAACUAAAAUAAGUUCGGCGAAGCUCGAGAACCCAGCUUUUCGUCAACAACUGAUAAAUUAUAUCAAACAAAAUAUAAAAAUUUUUCCUAGACGCCUGUGCAAACACAAUUCUUCUGAGAAUGUAUGGUUUAGGGUGGUUUGGGGGCAAUCUGAGGCCGAAAUGGAAUCAAUACUAAAAAAUUGGACAACCAGCAGUUCAACAAGUCUUCUGGCAGCUAUAAAAUUGUCCAUGGCCAACAAGACAACAAAGUCUAAAAUUGCAGACUUCAAAGGUUAGGAAUCAUUUAUUUUCUGCAUAUCUAUUAU